AUGUCCUACGCAGACGUCGCCGCAAAGGGCCCGAAGCAGUCCAAUGAAGAGGUCAGUCUACCUGAUGCUACCGUUUCACAGCAUUUCUGCUAACAUCUUCACAGAAGUAUGUGUCUUCCCAUUCACGCGAUUCAACCCCUCAACACCCUAGCAACAGCUUCCUAACGUAGACCGACCAGGGUCCCUCCUCAUGUCCCUGAGAUAAUGCACGAGGACAGCGGCGUCCAUUCCCUUGAAUCUCUCGAAAGCCAGAACGACCAUGUCCAGUCUCUCCCCUCUAUCGCCUCCUAUGCCGACCAACAGCUCGCCGAAGAGCGCGCAGAAGAAGCUCGACGCGAGGGCAAGAAGGCUGCCGAUGAGAUUUCGAAAGAGGCCAAGGAUUUCAUGCAGCACGCAGAGGAAGACGCGAAACGGUUAGAGAAAGACGCUUCCGGCAAGGCCCAAAGCUACGGUAAGGCUGCCGAGAAGAAGUUCGAACAGUUCAAGGGCGAGGCCAAGGAGGUGAAGGAUCAGGCUGGAAAGACGCUCCGUAACGAUGCUGAGGCUGCCAAGAAGAACGCAAAGAAAGCAGAGGAGUGGGGCGAGAAGAACAAGAACAACCCGGUGGUCAUUGGCAACGCUGUGGUGAUCGCAGCUCUUGGCGCUCUGCUAGGAAGCGGCGCGUACAAGAUGCACAAGACCAACACCCUGACAUGGAAUGUCGUUGGUGCCUGGGCUGGUGCCGUUGGUCUCUUUGCUGUCGGUGACUAUUACGUGUCACAGUAAGUGCAUCCGGAUCAGUCAUUGGAGAAGCAGUUCUGACAGUCCCAGAUACUUCUUCAAGAAGUACCCACCGAAGAACUAA